AUGGAGCAAGUCUUCCGUACAGCUUUGAGGAGAUUCUGGUCCACCAUCUGGUGCCUCAGGGAGGAAACGCAGUGUGCUAACAACACUAUCCAUAGUGGGGACGGUGUGCUGCUGACCUCUACUCAAGACGUUGUGGAUAGUGAUGGGAAUUCUCACCAGCAGCAUCCACAAAUCAAAGGCACCGAUUCCUGUAAAGACUGCAGGUUGAGUUCGAAUAAAGAAAUAAAGAUUUGCUGGGCGAAGGAGGAGGACAAACAUGAAACAUCUAGUGAUAAGGACUCUCAGCAACAACAUCCGCAAAAGAAAAGUUCCCCCAAGUCCUCUGAUUCAUUUAAAGACUGCAGGGAGAAAAUUAACAAAGUGUUGAAGAAUUAUUCUCUCGUCUGGAAAAAAGAAGAGGUCAGAAUCAAUUUCUUUAGAUCUCAACUGAACAACAAGUGUAAUGGUUUUGACAAAGCCAUCCUCACCCAGACCAACACCCCAGUGGGCUCAAAGCUCAUUUAUGACGGGGAGAAGAAACGUACCCAUCAGGUGAACCAGGAGACUUUCAGCACUUUUGUUAAAGGACAUCCUUUCUCUAAUAAAACACUGCACACUUGUGCUGUUGUUGGAAAUGGUGGGAUCCUGGCUAACAGCAGCUGUGGGGAAACGAUUGAUUCAGCUGAAUUUGUUAUCAGGUGUAACCUUCCUCCUUUGUCUAACGGAUACGAGAAACAUGUUGGCAUCAAGACACACCUCGUGACCGCAAACCCAAGCAUCCUCAUAGACAAGUAUGGCUCCCUAAUGGGACGUCGCCGUGUGUUUGUGGAGAAUAUGUGCCACUACGGUGACUCCAUGCUGCUUCUUCCUGCCUUCUCCUUCAGCAUGAGCACUGCUGUGUCUCUUCGGGCUUUUUACACCUUAGAGGACUUUGAAAGUCCCAUUCAAACAGUCUUCUUCAAUCCAGAGUACCUCCAGAAUCUGUCCAUCUACUGGCGCUCUCAGGGUUUGAAGUCGACUCGACUCAGCACUGGCAUGAUGAUGAUCAGUCUGGCACUGGAACUCUGUACGGAUGUGCACGUGUAUGGAUUCUGGCCCUUUAGUCUUCAUCCAUUCACCUUCCGUGACCUGACCAAUCAUUAUUAUAAUGACAAAAAGUCCAAUAUGGCGUUUCACUCCAUGCCAUCAGAGUUCAGCAAUUUGCUGCAGAUGCACAGCCGCGGUGUGCUAAAGCUGCACCUGGGGGACUGUCAUUCAGAUGAUAACCAGUCUCACCUGAUAAAAGAACCUUCUGGAGCUUCAGGAUGAAGUCAGUCAUCAAUACUUACAAAUAAUUACAAUGCAUCUAGUAUUAGCACAUCACUUUUCCCACACGUUGUGUUACUUUUAUCCAAAGCAGGUGAAUUUUCCCCUUUAAAUUCUACACACAAUACCCCAUAAUGACAAUAUGAAAAAUGUUUAUUUUAUUUUUUGCAAAUUCAUUAAAAAUGUAUAAAGUCUGAAAUCACCUCUAGAUAAGUAUUCACAUCCUUUGCUAUGAAGCUCAAAAUUAAGCUAUUACUUCCUGUUUCCACUGAUCUUCCUUUAGAUGUUUCUGCAGCUUUCUUUGGAGUCCACCUGUGGUUAAUUCAGUUGGGUGGACAUAAUCUGGAAAGGUGCACCUGUCUGUGUAAGGUCCCACAGCUGACAGUGCAUGUUAGAGCACAGACCAAGCAGGAAGUUAAAGAAAUUGUCUCAAACCAAUAAUCUAGGGAAGGUUACAGAAACAUUUCUGCUGUUUUGAAGGUCCCAGUGAGCACAAUGGCUGCCAUCUUCUGUAAGUGGAAGAAGUCUGAAACCACCAGGACUCUUCUUAGAGCUGGCCGGCCAUCCAAACUGAGCAAUCAGGGAGGAGGGCCUUAGUCAGGGAGGUGACCAAGAACGCGAUGGUCACUCUGUAUGAGCUCCAGUACUUCUCUAUCCAGAGAGUAGAACUUUCCAGAAGAACAACCAAUACCAUUGCUACAGUGAAGCAUGGUGGUGGCACCAUCAUGCUGGUGGUGGCAGCAGGAACUGGGAGACUCUAGUUAGGAUGGAAUGAAAAUUUAAUGCAGCACUGUACAGAAACAUCCUGGAUAAAAACCAGCUCCAUAGCGCUCUCGACCUUAGACUGGGGUGAUCAUUUAUGUUUCAGCAGGGCAACGACCCCAAAGCGCACAGUUAAGAUACCAAAGGAGUGUCUUCAGGACAACUCUGAGUGUCCCAGCCAGAGCCAAGACUUGAAUCGGAAUGAACAUCUUUGGAGAAAUCUUAAAAUGGCAGCACCAAUUUUCAACCAACCUGAUGACGUUGAGAGAUGCUGCAAAGACAAAUGCGCCAAACUGCCUGAAAACAAGUGUGCCACGUUUCUGACAUCAUAUCCAAAAAUACUUGAGAGUGUAAUCACUGCCAAAGUUGCAUCAGCAAGGUAUUGACUAAAGACUGUGAAUACUGUACGUAUACAGGUGAUUUUGGAUGAUGUGUGUAGAAUUUUGAGGUACAAACUGAAUUUGUUUCAUUUUGGAGUCAGGCUGUAACUUAAUGCAGAAAAUGUACUGUACAUGAUUCCCAGGUGCACAGUUUUUUUACACAUAUGGCACUGAUGGUACAUGUCUACCUGAAAUCUUUAAUGGAAUCAAACUGACACAAUCAGAAAUGAAAGCCUUUUGUAGCGUAGCUCAAAGGAUGCAUUUCAUCAAAUGGCCAAAGGUUAACGUCUUUCUUACAGGUCAUGCCAAUCUGACACUGGAGCUGUCGAUAUGAGUAUCUAUGAACUUGAACAGUAGUAUCCUUAAAGAGCAAGUCACCGCCUACCAGAGUAUUACUCCACUCUCACUUCUUGUUUGAAAAAUGCAACAAAUGCUGUUGACUGGCAGACGGAGCAGGUAACGAAUACAAACACACACACAGGCUCACAAUGACAUUGUGACAUCAUAUGGUACCAGCUAACGUUUUAGGGUACCUCUUAGCCAAUAGCAAUGGCAGUUUUAAAUUCUAAUUCAGUGCAGAGUUUUUACCUGACAACGGCAUGACACUGAAAGUUUUAGGCAGAAAAUUUAAAUUUUAACUAAAAUGCACUAAAGUGCUAAACUAUAGACUACACGUGUCUGCAGCACGAUUAGACAUGCAUUUAUAUAGUUUAUCAGGAAAAAAAUGUAUUUGGGGGUGACUUGCUCUUUAACUUAUCCUGUUCCAUAUCACAAGACAACCGUGAAGACACAGUUCUCUUUAUCUAAACCUCUUUAAUAAAGUUAUCUUUUCUGGCUCAUGUAACGUCAGUUUUUAGGAACAGUUUGACCCUUCAACAUUUGGUCAAAACGGAGAUACGAGACUGCAUGUGUUCCCUUUAAAUCGGUCUGCCUUCAUCCUAUCAGCGGGAGCUCAGAGCCUCUCGGCAGCUCUGAACACAUGAUAACAAAUUGUCAACAAUGAUGUUCUCUCCUCAAGGUCAAAGCUUCCCUUAUCGUCCUACAGGAUUCUUCAUGCCUCUGAAUAAGGAACACUCGCAGCUCGGAUAAGGUGCUAAAUCAAAGAAUGAUUUCUUAAAUUAAAUAUGAACUUCUAAAACUUAUAAGCUAGAUAAUCAUUAAAAAUGUUUGUUUAUUGCUGCUUAUAAUAAUAAUAAUAAUAGUAUAAUGAAAUGUUUUCAUUAAUCUGUGCUCAAUGAUUGAAGUUUGAAAUGAAUGUUAUGUAAUGAUUACAUUGAUUGAUAUAUGUUUCAACAUGUUGCUAUGACAAGGUCAUAACCAUUUGCACUCACACAUGGACAAAGUAAAGUUAAACGCGUGACACAUAGAUAGCCCUUUACCCCAGAUCAGAGCAUCCGGAUCAAAGAAGGGGUGUUUCUGAGAGUCUUGGUAAAAUUCCUCAACUUGUCAACCUCUGGUUGGCUACACAAAUCAUAAUAUGAGAACAUUAAAACCGGAUCACUCUGGUGAUUCAUCGGUUCUUGAGAAAGCUUCAGACUGGCCAUCUGAAGCAAAACCUCUUUAACCAUCAAAGAUUUUGACACGCCAUCAAAAUCUUUUUGCACCUGCGAAGCUGAUACCGCAACAGUUCCUGCAGAACGAGCUGAUGUUCAGACUAAUUAAGAGUUCCAGACGUGUGGUUCCAUCCGUCUGUUGUGACUUGGAGACAACUCUAAGACCGGUCUAGUAGUGCUGCAGUUUCUUCUACGACCUUGGUGUCUGGAAGUCCGAGGACUUCGACAUUCUGGAUCUAUCACGAGGGUCUUCGAGUUGGUAUGUAGACACGACAGAUAGCGUCUGAUGUGUUUUUGAUAAUAAACAUAGCUUCAUAGCUUAACACAAACCAAAUUCUUUUACAUCCAGAACUCAGCUCUCCUAGAUACGGAAGUUCUGAUAACAUAGCAUUGACACAUAGGUUCAUGCAUCACAUCUAGUUCCAUCCACUCACAGUAAAUGCUUAGUUAACUUGUCAUGUUUUAAUUGUUUGUAAAAUAAAUUCUUACUUUUAUAAA